AUGGAAUUAGAUGUUGUUUUGAGAAAUAAGGUUGCAAAUGAAGAAGUUCAAAAGGAGGGCACCAAUAGCAAUGAGCAACAACAACUAGUUGUUUUUUAUCCGGUUUUGCAUGAACAUGUGAUUGAGGAGAAUGCUAGUGAGUCCAUGCGUAAAGAAGGUGAUCCAGAUGAGGGCUUGUUAGCAGAUGCAGUGGUAUGCACGCCGAAACAAGUAGAUGCGAAAGAGCUACGUAUGACAGAAAACAUGGAGAAUUUAAAAAAAAUCAUUGCUCAAGUUGCGAAGGGUGAAAAACCUGAUUUUAUCUCGGCUCGUAAGCAAUGGAAAAAGCCUAGUGCCAAUGGGAAACCGAGAAUACGAUGCUUGGAAAAAAAAUUGUUAGUUAUAAUCCUUUGA